AUGCGCUUCACGACUUUCGAUACAAGCGCCCUCUUCGCCGCGCUUCUCGCCCUCCCUGCCGCUCUCGCCUCCGACUCUCUAACGCUCUACCUCCCCGCAAAGCCCAACCCCUUCACCCUUCCCGCCUCGACGCACGCAACGCUCUCCUCAGCAGGCGUUCAUAUCUCGGCUCCUCUGUCUGCUGCCAACACAUUUGUCUUCCACAAUGUCACGCCUGGAUCGUACCUCGCUGACAUACACUGCCCAACGGACGCGUUCCACCCGGUGAGAAUCGAUGUGCAGCCUGAGGAGGGUGGCGAGGGCAUUGUGCGUGCGUGGGAGACGUUUAGAGGUAAUGACUGGAACAACAAAGGAGAGGUUAUGCCUGUAAAGGAGGGAACCAAGGGCAGGGGCUUUGAGGUUCGGGCUAUUGGAGGGAAGAAUUACUUUAUGGAGAGGCCUCAAUUUUCCGUCCUUUCCAUCCUCAAGAACCCCAUGAUUCUCAUGGCUGUUGUCAGUCUGGGUCUCAUGGUUGGUAUGCCGAAGCUCAUGGACAGCAUGGAUCCCGAAAUGCGUGCCGAAUUCGAAGAGCAGCGAAAGAACAGUGCCCUGAGCGGUGUCAUGAGUGGCCAGGCUUCUAGUGACAACCCUCUUACCAACUUCGACAUGGCUGCGUACCUUGCUGGUUCCAAGCCCAAGGAGGGCGGCAGCCCGGCCGCAUCCAACAAUGGCGGAAAUUCUAAGAACCAGGGCGUGAGACGGUAA